CUAACAAUUCCUUUGAGAGAAGAAGAGAGGGACAGAAGCAAUCACUCCUUUCUUCUCUAUUCGUUUGUCGUAGUUUGUUUCAUUUCAUUUGGAAAAAUGUUUAUCGAGAAUUUUAAGGUCGAGAGUCCUAAUGUUAAGUACACCGAAUCUGAGAUUCAGUCUGUGUACAACUAUGAAACCACUGAACUUGUUCACGAGAACAGGAAUGGCACUUAUCAGUGGAUUGUAAAACCCAAAACUGUUAAAUACGAAUUCAAAACCAAUACCCAUGUGCCCAAAUUGGGGGUAAUGCUUGUGGGAUGGGGUGGCAACAACGGCUCAACCCUCACCGGUGGUGUUAUUGCUAAUCGAGAGGGCAUUUCAUGGGCAACAAAGGACAAAAUUCAACAAGCCAAUUACUUUGGUUCUCUCACUCAAGCCUCUGCUAUUCGAGUGGGGUCUUUCCAAGGAGAGGAAAUUUAUGCCCCAUUCAAGAGCCUGCUUCCAAUGGUCAAUCCUGACGACAUUGUGUUUGGGGGAUGGGAUAUCAGUAACAUGAACCUGGCUGAUGCCAUGGGUAGGGCCAGGGUGUUUGACAUCGAUUUGCAGAAGCAGUUGAGGCCUUACAUGGAAUCCAUGGUUCCGCUCCCUGGAAUCUAUGACCCGGAUUUCAUUGCUGCCAACCAAGGAGACCGUGCCAACAACGUUAUCAAGGGAACAAAGAUAGAGCAAGUUCAACAAAUCAUCAAAGAUAUUAAGAAGUUUAAGGAAACCACCAAAGUGGACAAGGUUGUUGUUCUGUGGACUGCCAACACAGAGAGGUAUAGUAAUUUGGUUGUCGGACUUAAUGACACCAUGGAAAACCUCUUGGCUGCUGUAGACAGAAAUGAGGCCGAGAUUUCUCCCUCCACUUUGUAUGCCAUUGCUUGUGUUAUGGAAAAUGUUCCUUUCAUCAAUGGAAGCCCUCAGAACACUUUUGUUCCAGGGCUGAUUGAUCUUGCCAUCAAGAGGAACAGUUUGAUUGGUGGAGAUGACUUCAAGAGUGGCCAGACCAAAAUGAAAUCUGUGCUGGUGGAUUUCCUUGUGGGGGCUGGUAUUAAGCCAACAUCAAUUGUGAGUUACAACCAUUUGGGAAACAAUGAUGGAAUGAACCUCUCAGCCCCACAAACCUUCCGCUCCAAGGAAAUCUCCAAGAGCAACGUUGUUGAUGACAUGGUCAACAGCAAUGCCAUUCUUUAUGAGCCUGGUGAACAUCCAGACCAUGUCGUUGUUAUUAAGUAUGUUCCUUAUGUGGGGGAUAGCAAGAGAGCCAUGGAUGAGUACACUUCAGAGAUAUUCAUGGGUGGGAAGAACACAAUCGUUUUGCACAACACAUGCGAGGAUUCCCUAUUAGCUGCUCCAAUCAUCUUGGACUUGGUCCUUCUUGCUGAGCUUAGCACUCGAAUCGAGUUUAAAGCUGAAACUGAGGGAAAGUUUCACUCAUUCCAUCCGGUUGCUACCAUCCUUAGUUAUCUGACCAAGGCUCCUUUGGUCCCACCGGGUACACCAGUGGUGAAUGCAUUGUCAAAGCAACGGGCAAUGCUGGAAAACAUCAUGAGAGCUUGUGUUGGAUUGGCACCGGAGAAUAACAUGAUUCUCGAGUACAAGUGAAGCAAUGGAUAGAUCAUAUAGUUGGAGUAAUCUAGCUGAAUGUUUUUCUGUUAAUAAUAUGUUAGUUGAUGUUCUCGCAAGUGUAAUCUUUUGAUUGCUCUGCUCCUAAGUGCUUAAAGAGCAGGGCAUGUUUUGUUUUCUUGGCACAUGAAUGUAUAAAUUUGUGGAUUUCAUCCUCAUUUGAUGCUUUUUAUACUUCUCCAUUUUUUAGUAAUUUUCAGAGGCAAUACCCAAUAUAAUU